AUGGCCGUCUUCUGGUCCUUGGCGGUCAGUACCUGCGUGAUCAUGGAGGGCUUCGACAGCAUUCUGGUUCCCAACUUCUAUGCUUAUCCUACCUUUCAGCGGAAAUAUGGCGAGUUUGUUGGAGUUACUGAGCAGACCAAGUCCGGGUAUCAGCUCAGUGCGACUUGGAUGGCUGCAAUUGGAACGGCCUCGGGCGUGGGGGCCGUCCUGGGCACAGUCUUGAACGGCUAUCUUGUCGACCGAUUUGGUCAGAAACGAGUGCUCCUCGGCGCCUUGUGCGUCCUCUCCUGUCUCAUUUUCAUGACUUUCUUUGCCCCAAACAUCCAGGUCCUCAUGAUCGGCCAAUUCCUGUGCGGCUUCCCUUGGGGCAUCUUUGCUACGGUGGCCCCAUCCUACUCCAGCGAAGUGCUCCCUAUGGCACUCCGGGCGUACCUUUCGAGUUUCACAAAUAUGAGUUUCAUCAUCGGACAGAUUAUAUGUGCCAUCGUGUUGAGGAUAUUUCUGGAAAGGGAUGAUGAAUGGGGAUUUCGAAUCCCCUUUGGUUUCCAAUGGAUAUGGCCCACUUUCCUCAUUCCGCUGUUAUCUUUCGCGCCAGAAUCACCCUGGUACCUCGUCCGAAAGGGUCGUCUGGACGAGGCCGAGAAAUCGCUCCGACGCCUUCAAUCCCGCACAGCAAAGAUUGAUCCCAAAGAGACCCUCGCGAACAUUAUCCAUACCAAUAACCUGGAACAAUCAUUACAAAUUGGCACAUCCUACAUCGACUGCUUCCGCGGGUUUGAACUCCGACGCACCGAGAUCGCGUGCCUGUGUUUCGCGGGUCAAAACUUCUCCGGGCUGUCGUUCGGGUAUAAUGCGACGUAUUUCUAUGAACAGGUCGGCCUCAGUGCCGAAACAACCUAUACACUAAGUCUCUUCGGUACUGGAUUGGCGCUGCUCGCGACUCUAGCGAACUGGUUCCUCGUCAUGCCCUAUUUCGGUCGUCGGAAAAUCUACACAACUUCGAUGCUGGUCAUGGCCCUGAUCCUCUACGUCAUUGGAGUCUUAAACGUCUGGACCUCCCACAACUUCAUCGCCUUCUCACAGGCCCUGCUGACCCUCCUCUGGACCAUAGUCUUCCAACUCUCGGUCGGGCAGUUAGGUUGGUCCCUUCCUGGAGAAGUCUCGUCGACACGCCUUCGAACCAAGACAAUCUGUCUCGCGCGCAACGCUUAUUAUCUUGUCGGGUUUAUAGGAGGGGUCGUCCAGCCGUACAUGAUGAACCCACAGGCGUUGAAUUGGAGGGGAUAUACCGGUCUAUUUUGGGGUACCACGGCCAUUCUCACGUGGGUGUGGGCGUGGUUCAGGCUGCCAGAAACGAAAGACAGGACGUACGAGGAAUUGGACAUCUUAUUUGCCAAGCGCAUCGACGCGCGAGAGUUCGAAUCGACAAAUGUCCACGCUCUGGAUGCGAAUGAGAUGCAGCAGCUUGCGAGGAAAGCGGCGAAUGACACAGCGUCUGGUGGAGGAAGUCCAGGAUGGGAUAUCGUGGAUGAACGAGAGCCACUGACGAACACUGACGAGGCUGAGGGAAGCGGCAGCGCUCUCAGUCCUUCUCAAGAAGUAGGGGAUGAUGAAGAGAGGCUGUUGCCGCGGAUAGUGCCUGGGCAAGACGUUGGAGGGAAGAUAUAG